AUGGCCUCUUCUCAACCUACCCGAUGGGCUGCUCUCGCUCGUGACACCAACGAGACCAAGAUCCAGCUCGCUCUCAACCUUGACGGCGGCGAUUUCCCUCCAGACACCGAUUCCCGUCUUCUCAACAGCGAUGAUAGCCAUGCUUCUCAGGCAAGCAAGUCCCAGAAGAUUGCUGUCAACACAGGAAUUGGCUUCCUCGACCACAUGCUCCAUGCCCUGGCUAAGCAUGCUGGCUGGAGUCUGGCUCUGAACUGCAAGGGUGACCUUCACAUUGACGACCACCACACUGCCGAAGAUGUAUGCAUCGCCCUUGGUUACGCCUUUGCCCAGGCCCUCGGUACGCCCGCUGGUCUCGCUCGUUUCGGCUAUGCCUACGCCCCUCUCGACGAGGCCCUCUCUCGCGCCGUCGUCGACCUCUCUAACCGUCCCUACGCCGUUGUUGACCUUGGCCUGAAGCGAGAGUGGCUCGGCCAGCUCAGCACUGAGAUGGUUCCUCACUGCCUGCAGAGCUUUGCUCAGGGUGCUCGUGUCACACUGCACGUUCACUGCCUGCACGGUGACAACGACCACCACCGUGCUGAGAGUGCCUUUAAGGCUCUUGCUAUUGCUGUCAAGGCUGCCACCACAAGAAUACCUGGUAAGGAGGGCGAGGUGCCCAGCACCAAGGGUACUCUGAGUGCCUAA